AUGCCGUGCUGUUGCUGGUCUACACUGCCUCUUUGUCAACAGCUGGGUACAGUGGCGCGCCUGAACUCCUCGCAACUCGCCGACAAGGUCGCUGGCAGAAAGUCCAUGCUCGUGACACAAUCACGUUAUACUCUGUGUGUGUGGUAUGUGUUUGGUGGCGUAGUCUCCCGAGACACUGGAGCGGAGCGCCCACCAGCGGCUGAGAGACCGCUUCAGGACCGUGGCAAGUAUCCUGUUGGGCUCUGCUCCCGACCUGCAGACUUACAGCACCACAUGCACAGACGUCAACAGUCAGCCACCGAGCACACACACGGUGGGCAUGGAUUAA